AUGCCGAAACGCAAGACAUCGAUGCCGGAACCCAAAGCGAAGGCAAAGGCGAAAGCUUCACCGUCCCUUCCUGCGAUUCCACCAGAUUCGGCCAAACUUCCUCAUAUGAAAUUGUUGAAUGAAUGGGAUGAAGUGCUUCGGGAACAUGGUGCCCUGGACCUCUAUUUGAACAAGAUGCUGGACACCAAGGACAGCCGCCAAGUGGUCGUCACUGAAAACUGCGCAAAUUGUGCGCGCAGCCAGGAGAAAUGCAUUGAGUUCUACAACUUCAUCGAGGAAAAAUAUCCACCAGUCUUUGAGUCUCGUCUACUGCACCAAGCAGAAUGCAGAGCUGGCAAGUACAAUCUCAACCCACCGAGGCGCCCAAACUGUUUCAAUUUGCUCCAUCAAAUGGAGAUUCUCAUGCGCGAUGGGUGCACUACAGAAUCCGCUGUGGAGGGACUUGAGGCCUUGGACUCGGCAUCAUCUGUGGCGGCUGCCUACUCGGUUGGUCGCACCGAGGAACAGCUUCAGCGUACUUGCAGCAUCUUCCUGGCGUGUUUGGCCAUGUUUGGGGCGUCUGUGCCCACUGGGUACAUGGCAGAAGUGAAGGAUGAGAUCAUGUCAACGUUUGUGAAUCGUCACGCAGAUGCCGAUUUGAUGAACCUUGUUCAGACUUCGGCUCCACCAUGUGAUUUGUCCAAGAUCGACUUGUUCAAAAACCACUUGGGUAAGUUCCAAAAGAAGGCUGGGGUGUACUUUCAACAUGUUUCCAUGAGGCUGGAGGCCGCAUUGCUACAAACGACAUGGUCUCAAACAGAGCUGACCAUCCAGAGUGACAUCAACGCGUUGCGGGGUUGGGCGGACAAAUUCAAACUGUUCGCGAACCAGCAGGGUUGGCUCGAUCUGCAGUACCUUGCCAGUCGCUAUGAGAAUGGUAAGAAGGCGGUUGCAGACUACAUGGCCCGUCGCCACACCUUUGGCGCCUUCAAGAACCUGAUGCUGUCGCAGGGUGAGAUCGUGUCGAAGCAAGCUGCGCUGGGAAAAUCGGCGUUUUCGGAAUGGUCCAUUGCCUGCUGCAAGAAGCAGCUGUCAGUGCUGGUUGAUGGAAACCCGGGACCAUCAUUCCACUACAUGGGGUUGUUUCUGGAGGACGAUGCAAAGGUCAUGACCAAGAACAGUUCAACCAUAGCUGGGAUGCUCAUGACACAGUGGUGGGAUGAGUCAGGGGAGGCAGGACCCAAGAGGUUGCAUUGCAAAGCUGCUUUGCAGAACUCGCAAAUGCACGUGGGCAAGGAUCGCAACGAUGAGAGCUUCUGGAUCAACGAGACCGGUGAGAAUGAGUCGAUCUCAGCCCGUGAGCUUUUUGGGUUCAAUGUUGGCUCAUUCAAUGAGUUGACAACAGGAGAUGCCAGCACCGUCGUCGACCAGGUCCCAUGGCUCAUCACAUCGGACCUUGACGUGGUGGUCUUGGUGACCGGCGCUGGUGGUGCUGUGGAGAAAACGGUUAUGACCGUGGCAGACGUUCUUUGCAACGUCACCAACACCCGUGGUGUUACUGAAGUUACCAUCGUGGAUCACGAUUUGGAACCAAUGGUCAAGGAUCAUUGUGGUGUUGUUUGA